AUGAGAGAAGCUGUUCUCUCUCUCUCUCUCUCUCUCUCUCUCUCUCUCUCUCUCUCUCUCUCUCAAAAUAUUAACAGGGAUUUAGUGAAUGCAGACUCUCCCUCUAGAAUGGUGAAGUUAAAUAUUGAUCUUAUCCUUGGAGGCAUCCUGAGCUACACCAAGAAGACUCGAGAUGAAAGUCUCAAUCAUUUCUUGAGCCGUUUGACCCACCUACAUCUUGAAGGACGGCAGCUUGAUGAUAUUGAAUGUGACUUAUCCAUCUGCCCUAAUUUGACAGUGAUUUACCUCUAUGAUAAUCAGCUGUCUAGUAUUCCAGUCUUGGACGGCAAUAAAUUCCUUACUCAUCUUUAUUUACAAAAUAAUGCCAUCAGAAAAAUUGGUAACAUUUCAACUCUAAAGCAACUAAAUAAGCUGUAUCUUGGUGGUAACUGUUUGAGUGUAAUUGAAGGUCUGGGAAAACUUGAGGAAUUGGAAGAACUUUAUGUGGAAAACCAAGACCUUCCACCAGGAGAAAAACUAUUGUUUGAUCCAUUAUCAGUCAUGGCCAUUGCUCCAACUCUUCAAAUACUGAAUGUAUCUGGUAAUCGUCUUGACACUCUGGAAGAUUUGAAACCAUUAAACAAACUGACCCAUUUAUAUACCACCAACAACAAACUUUUUGACCUGAAGGAUUUAUCAAAUGUCGUCAUGAAUAUGCAUCAAUUGGUCCAACUGGAACUUAGUUCAAACCCAUUCUGUCUGAUAAACAAAUUUCGGGAUAAAGUCAUUAUUAUGGCAAAAAGUCUAGAGAUCCUUGAUGGCCGAGAGAUAAGUGAAACAUCCAAAAAAUUCUUAUACAACUGGUCUGUGAGUAAAGAUGCCAUGAAGAGACGUCAGAGGAAAAACAUGAAAUCCGUUCCUUCAAUGAACCAUUUUCAUGAAGGAGAUGCUACUUCUGCAGAUGUGAAAGUAUUCCAUCGACAUGCCACUGUUCCUGGAUAUGUAAUGCCAGGUCUGCCGAUGAGGAAACAGUUCACCCGAAUUCUAGCCAAGGCAACCACAAUAGAAAAAGAUGCUUUUAGCUAUAAUGUCCAUUCUUCACCAAGCCAAGCUCCAAAACAAAGCAAAGAAUUUAUACACAAUUUAAGCAAAAGAUCAGACACUUUUCAUUAA